AUGGAAGGGAGAAAUCAGUCUGGAAUCUCAGAGUUCAUCCUUCUGGGUCUUUCAGAGGAGCCAGAGCAGCAGAGACUUCUGUUCUUCCUGUUCCUCUUUAUGUAUCUGAUCACAGGGCUGGGGAAUCUGCUCAUCAUGAUGGCUAUUAUCUCUGACCCACACCUCCAUACCCCCAUGUAUUUCUUCCUCAGCAACCUGUCCCUGGUUGAUAUCUGUUUCACCUCCACCACAAUUCCCAAAAUGUUGAACAAUCACAUAUUCAAAAACAGAACAAUCCCUUUCGCUGGGUGCCUGACACAAGUAUUCUUCUUCAUUUGGUUCGCAGGGAUCGAUAGUAUCCUUCUCACUGCCAUGGCUUAUGACCGCUAUGUGGCUAUUUGUGCACCACUACACUACAGCACAGUCAUGACUCCGAGGGUCUGUGCCAUUCUAGUACUAGUGUCUUGGUCUUGGGCCUGUGCUAAUUCCCUGACACACACUGUCUUGCUGACCCGACUCUCUUUCUGUGGCCACAAUGAAAUCCCUCACUUCUUCUGUGACCUCAGUCCCCUUUUAAAGUUGGCCUGCUCAGACACCUUUAUCAAUGACUUGAUGGUCUAUACAGUAGGAGCACUGACAACAAUUUUACCCUUCAUUGGAAUCCUCAUCUCCUAUGCUCACAUUUUCAUGGCUGUAAUGAAGAUCUCAUCUGUGAGUGGGAAGCAGAAAGUUUUCUCCACCUGUGGAUCCCAUCUCACUGUGGUCUGUCUCUUCUAUGGGACAAUCAUUGGGGUGUACUUCAGCCCCACAUCCACCCACACAGCCCAACAGGAUACAGCAGCAACUGUGAUGUACACUGUGGUCACCCCUAUGCUGAACCCUUUCAUUUACAGCCUAAGAAAUAAGGACAUGAAAGGAGCCUUGAGGAUGCUUAUUAUUAGGAAAUUAAGAUUCAUUCUAGGAGUAUGA